AUGACAGAGGUACUUUCAUCUCACCAUCUGAUGACAGAGCCCCAUUCUCUUGCUUUCCAUCACCCCGCCCCAUUCUCCCGCUUUCCAUCACCCCACCCCAUUCUCCCUCCUUACAUCACCCCGCCCCAUUCUCCCUCCUUCCAUCACCCCGCCCCAUUCUCCCGCUUUCCAUCACCCCGCCCCAUUCUCCCUCCUUCCAUCACCCCGCCCCAUUCUCCCUCCUUCCAUCACCCCGCCCCAUUCUCCCGCUUUCCAUCACCCCGCCCCAUUCUCCCGCUUCCCAUAACCCCACCCCAUUCUCCCGCUUUCCAUCACCCCGCCACAUUCUCCCGCUUUCCAUCACCCCGCCCCAUUCUCCCUCCUUCCAUCACCCCGCCCCAUUCUCCCGCUUUCCAUCACCCCGCCCCAUUCUCCCGCUUUCCAUCACCCCGCCACAUUCUCCCACUUUCCAUCACCCCGCCCCCUUCUCUCUCCUUCCAUCACCCCGCCCCAUUCUCCCUCCUUCCAUCACCCCGCCCCAUUCUCCUGCUUUCCAUCAGCCCGCCCCAUUCUCCCGCUUUCCAUCACCCUGCCCCAUUCUCCCGCUUUCCAUCUCCCCGCCCCAUUCUCCCGCUUUCCAUCACCCCGCCCCAUUCUCCCGCUUUCCAUCACCCCGCCCCAUUCUUCCGCUUCCCAUCAUCCCGCCCCAUUCCCCCGCUUUCCAUCACCCCUCCCCAUUCUCCCUCCUUCCAUCACCCCGCCCCAUUCUCUUGCUUUCCAUCACCCCGCCCCAUUCUCCCGCUUUCCAUCACCCCGCCCCAUUCUCCCGCUUUCCAUCACCCUGCCCCAUUCUCCCUCCUUCCACCACCCCGCCCCAUUCUCCCGCUUUCCAUUACCCCGCCCCAAUCUCCCUCCUUCCAUCACCCGGCCCCAUUCUCCCUCAUUCCAUCACCCCGCCCCAUUCUCCCGCUUUCCAUCACCACGCCCCAUUCUCCCGCUUCCCAUAACCCCACCCCAUUCUCCCGCUUUCCAUCACCCCGCCACAUUUUCCCACUUUCCAUCACCCUGCCCCCUUCUCUCUCCUUCCAUCACCCCGCCCCAUUCUCCCUCCUUCCAUCACCCCGCCCCAUUCUCCCGCUUUCCAUCAGCCCGCCCCAUUCUCCCGCUUUCCAUCACCCCGCCCCUUUCUCCCGCUUUCCAUCUCCACGCCCCAUUCUCCCGCUUUCCAUCGCCCCACCCCAUUCUCCCGCUUUCCAUCACCCCGCCCCAUUCUUCCGCUUCCCAUCAUCCCGCCCCAUUCCCCCGCUUUCCAUCACCCCUCCCCAUUCUCCCUCCUUCCAUCACCCCGCCCCAUUCUCCCGCUUUCCAUCACCUCGCCCCAUUCUCCCGCUUUCCAUCACCCCGCCCCAUUCUCCCGCUUUCCAUCACCCCGCCCCAUUCUCUCGCUUUCCAUCACCCUGCCCCAUUCUCCCGCUUUCCAUCACCCCGCCCCGUUUUCCUUCUUUCCAUCACCCCGCCCCAUUCUCCCGCUUUCCAUCACUCCGCCCCAUUCUCCCGCUUUCCAUCACCCCGACUUAUUCUCCCACUUUCCAUCACCCCGCCCCAUUCUCCCUCCUUCCAUCACCCCGCCUCAUUCUCCCUCCUUCCAUCACCCCGCCCCAUUCUCCCGCUUUCCAUCACCCCGCCCCAUUCUCCCGCUUUCCAUCACCCCGCCCCAUUUUCCCGCUUUCCAUCACCCCGCCCCAUUUUCCCGCUUUCCAUCACCCCGCCCCAUUCUCCCGCUUUCCAUCACCCUGCCCCAAUCUCCCGCUUUCCAUCACCUUGCCCCAAUCUCCCGCUUUCCAUCACCCCACCCCAUUCUCCCUCCUUCCAUCACCCUGCCCCAUUCUCCCGCUUUCCAUCACCCCGCCCCGUUUUCCUUCUUUCCAUCACCCCGCCCCAUUCUCCCGCUUUCCAUCACUCCGCCCCAUUCUCCCGCUUUCCAUCACCCCGACUUAUUCUCCCACUUUCCAUCACCCCGCCCCAUUCUCCCUCCUUCCAUCACCCCGCCUCAUUCUCCUUCCUUCCAUCACCGCGCCCCAUUCUCCCGCUUUCCAUCACCCCGCCCCAUUCUCCCGCUUUCCAUCACCCCGCCCCAUUUUCCCGCUUUCCAUCACCCCGCCCCAUUCUCCCGCUUUCCAUCACCCUGCCCCAAUCUCCCGCUUUCCAUCACCCCACCCCAUUCUCCCUCCUUCCAUCACCCCGCCCCAUUCUCCUACUUUCCAUCACCCUGCCCCAUUCUCCCGCUUUCCAUCACCCAGCCCGAUUCUUCCGCUUUCCAUCACCCCGCCCCAUUCUCCCGCUUUCCAUCACCCCGCCCCAUUCUCCCUCCUUCCAUCACCCCGCCCCAUUCUCCCGCUUUCCAUCACCCCGCCUCAUUCUCCCUCCUUCCAUCAACUCGCCGCAUUCUCCCUCCUUCCAUCACCCCGCCCCAUUCUCCCGCUUUCCAUCACCCCGCCCCAUUCUCCCGCUUCCCAUAACCCCACCCCCUUCUCCUGCUUUCCAUCACCCGCCACAUUCUCCCGCUUUCUAUCACCCCGCCCCAUUCUCCCUCCUUCCAUCAACCCGCCCCAUUCUCCCGCUUUCCAUCACCCCGCCCCAUUCUCCCGAUUUCCAUCACCCCGCCCCAUUCUCCCGCUUUCCAUCACCCCGCCCCAUUCUCCCGCUUUCCAUCACCCUGCCCCAUUCUCCCGCUUUCCAUCAUCCCGCCCCAUUCUCCCUCCUUCCAUCACCCCGCCCCAUUCUCCCGCUUUCCAUCACUCCGCCCCAUUCUCCCUCCUUCCAUCACCCCGCCCCAUUCUCCUGGGGGGCAAGAAAGGUGGUUCUGGUGGAGGUGGAGGCGGAGGUAGCGGAGGUAGUGGGGGUGCUGUUGCGACUGGGGGUGGUGGGAGUGCAGCAUCUGGAGAGACCCCUCGUGCAGCGGCUGGUGACUCCACUGCACCUGCUGGUGGCGGCGACCCCCGAGCUCGUCAGUCGCCUCCUGUACUGCCGGCCCCGCUAGCAGCAGCCGCAGCAGCAGCAGCAGCCGCAGCCGCAGCAGCAGCAGCAGCAGCAGCAGCACCAGCGGCCGCACCAGCAGCCCCCCCUACUGCCACUGCCCCCGGUUCCCCCCCCCGUUCGGGUACGCCCCGCACCAGCUGA